AUGAAACACAUCAUUCUUUCCCAAGUCUUUCUGGGUGUUAUUUUCUACGUCCUUGGAUCUCCCCUUUCUACAUCAUUGGUUCGCUCGCGAUCAAAUUGUGGCAAUUCUGAUGUCAACACCUGCACUGUCGAAGUUUACAUCCCCGUCAACAAACCCAAUCAAAACACAUUUGAUUUUAUAGUCAAGCUUUUCGAUUCAAAUUGCGAUACAAUGUGUGGUGCUACUUUUGUACAUCGUAACACCAGAAUCACAUGGGUACCAUCCUGUCUCAAAGGUGGAAACAUGACCGUUCAAGUUCAGGGAGAUGGAGAGCUGCAGCCAAUCUAUCACAACGGCUCUCCAAUAUAUAUCGGAAUUGUGCCCGAUGGAAACGAUGUCAUAGUAACACACCGCGAUACGUUCCAAUGCCCAAAAUCAAACGCUGCUCUUGCAAUAAGAUCGGAUUCUAACUCUGAAAAAGGCUGUGAAGAGGCUUAA